AUGGUAGAGCAGCUGUGGCGCACCAGUAGCAGCAUGCCGACGUGUCGAGCUGUUGUCAGUGUCCUCCUCAGUCUCCUGUGUAUCGUCACGGCUACCUUCGCCUGCCCGAAAAAAUGUGACUGUUGGUAUUUUGGCCGAUAUGUUGACUGUGCGGGAGCAGGGCUCGAAGAUGUUCCCGCCAACAUACCAGUUGGUGCAACGUAUCUCGAUCUUGGCAACAAUAACAUACAGAAUCUGUCUGAUGCGGAUUUCUCCCAACUCACCAGUUUGAGCAAGUGGGGGCUUAAGCUAACAAACAACGGCAUCCGCGUUCUCCCUGUCGGAGUCUUCUCAAAUCUCACCCAUCUGAGGAGUUUGGAUCUAUCUGGUAAUCAUGUAGCUAAUCUGCCGGAUGGAAUAUUCUCAAAUCUGACUAGUUUGAUACGGCUUUACCUUUCCAACAACAACAUCUCGAGUCUAACCGCUAGAGUAUUCUCACAUCUAACCCGUUUGAGGUGGCUGGAUCUAUCUCUUAAUCAUAUAGCUGAUCUGUCGGAUGGAACGUUCUCACAUCUCACCCGUCUGUGGCUCUUGGAUCUAUCUGGUAAUUAUAUAGCUGAUCUGCCGGAUGAAGUAUUCUCAAAUCUGAAAAGUUUGGGACUGCUUUAUCUGUCCAACAAUAACAUCUCGCGUCUCCCCUCCGGAGUUUUCUCGCAUCUCAAUCAUUUGUGGUGUUUGGAUCUAUCUGGUAAUCAUAUAGCUCAUCUCCAAAGUGAAGUAUUCUCCAAUCUGACUACUUUGGAACGUAUUGACUUGUACAACAAUAGCAUCUCCCGUCUCCCAACUGGAGUGUUCUCACAUCUCAUCCGGCUCAGGUGGCUAGAUUUGUCUGGUAAUCAUAUAGCUGAUCUCCCGGAUGGAAUGUUCUCAGAUCUGGCCAGUCUGGGACAUCUUUAUAUGGCAAACAAUAACAUCUCGAGUCUGUCCGUUGGAGUAUUCUCACAUCUCACCAGUCUGAAGUGGCUGGAUCUAUCUGGUAAUUGUAUAUCUCAUCUCCCGGGUGGAGUAUUCUCAAACCUGACUAGCUUGCUACAGCUUCGCUUGUACAAUAAUAACAUCUCGAUUCUGCCCGCUAGAGAUUUCACACAUCUAACCCGUCUGUGGUGGUUGGAUCUCUCUGGUAAUCAUAUCUCUGAGCUCCCUGCUGAAGUAUUCUCAAACCUAACCACUUUGCUGGAGCUUCGCUUGUACAAUAAUAACAUUUCUAGUCUCACUCCUGGAGUGUUCUCGCACCUUUAUCUGCGGCGCAUCGGCACGUUUACGCACUUCGAUAUACGGAGAACCUACAUGCAGCUCUCCUCCCCACAUGAAAGGUUCUGCUCUGAGAUUGUUUAUGGCAGACAAGUUCACAGGAGAAUGUAG